AUGGAAUCGGCGUCGUCGAAGCUGGCGCGACCCUCGCUCGCGGGCAGCUCGGCCGGCGGUAGCAGCGGGUGCCGCAGCGCCGCCACCGCGGGCCCGGCAUCGCCCACCGCCGAGCAGGACCGCCGCAGCUCGGCCUCGCCCGCGGCCGACGUCGCCUCGCCGGGAAAGGCGCCGGAGACGCAGCUGCCCUCGAUGAAGGCCGAGCAUGCAGCCAGCCCGCGCGACGAGCCCGAGCAAAAGCCCGAGACGCCCGUCAAGCGCGAGACGUCCAACGAGAAGCCCCGCGGCGGACAGGCCUGCCUCGAGUGCCGACUGGCCAAGGUGCGGUGCCUUCCGUCGGCCGACUCGGACAACUGCCAACGGUGCCAGCGAUUCAGCUUCGACUGCCUCUUUGUCCAGCACAAGCGCGGGAGGAAGCCAAAGAGCAAACUACAAGGGCGCGACCUGACGCUGCUGGCGGAAGCGGCCUCGGCGACGCCGGCGUCGGCCAUGACGCCGCAGCACUCGGCCCCGGCGCGGACCAACGGCAGCGGCGCCGACAAGCAGCACGAGUUUGCGACGCCCAGUGGACGGGGGAAACGCUCCGAGGCCGGCACGUCGGCCAAGGGCUCCGGCACCACGGCUGCGCACCCUGCGGCAUCGAGCCCGUCGUCGGCCACGCAGGAAGCGGGCAGGCCGAACAGGCUGGCGCGGCGGGCCACGCUGGACCGCGUGCCCAGCACCAAGUCGAGCCCGCGCUUCGACGUCAGCUUCGAGGACGGCGCGCGGCGACCUCUGUCGCGGCUCGGUGCAGCUGCCGCGACCGGGCCGGAGCCGCCGCUGGACCCGCGGCAGCUGUACGGCGUCGACGUGACGCGGAUGGCCAAGGCGAUGCAGCAGGCCAUGACCGAUGCCGGCACGCCGCCGCCCGAGGACACCAACGCGAUCAACGAGAGCUUCGAGCUGAUCGCCGAGCAGCCGCUGACGAUCCGGCUGAUGCUCAAGCCGUUCGAGGUCGCCGACGGCUCGCCCGACGACGCGCCGCGCGCCGUGUUCGACGACCGCGUCACGAUUGGCGCGAGCCACGCGCAGCAGCAGCGCGAGGGGCUGCGCGUCGACGACCCCAUCACGGCGGGUACGCUGACCGAGGCGGCGGCGCGCGCCCUGUUUGAGCGCUACAUGGAGCUCGGCAACACGUGGAGCGACGUCUUCGAUCCGAGCCUGAUGACCAACGACUUUGUCCGCAAGCGCUCGUCGUUCCUCUACACGACGCUCCUCUACGUGGCCUCCAAGUUUUCGCGCACGCCGACGGCGCAGCACCUCGUGGCGCGCGAGAAGCGCGGCGAGCCCGUCGACGAGGCCGACCAGGUGCGCGACCACGCCGCCCGGGCGUUUGUCGACGGCGACCGCACCGUGCUCUGCUGCCAGGCCUUUUUCAUCUUAGCCAGCUGGAAGAUGCUCGACGACGGCCUGAGCGUCAUCCAGGUCGGAUAUGCGUUCCGCCUGGCGAUGGACAUCCAGCUGCACGCCGAUAUGCCCAACUGCGUCAAGCCGAGCGAGUCGGUGCUCGACCAGGCGGGCCAGCAGCGGUACGCCGCCGUGCAGCGCCGCUUCCGCAGCCGGCAGCGCACGUUUAUGAUGCUCUUUGUCCAGGACAAGUCGCAGCAGAUCGCCAACAAGAUCACGACCCACUCGAUCUCGCCCGACAACCCGCUCAUCCGCAAGUGCCAGGAGUGGUGGCGCAUGCCCGGGUCCGUGCCGGGAGACGCCUUCGUGUGCGCCAGCGUCGACAUCCGCCGCAUCCAGCACAAAUACGUCGACCUGAUGGACCGCAUCGAGCAGCUGUCGGGUCCGAUGAGCGACGGUCCAAGCAUCGUGCUGCCGGCGUUCCUCAACGACGUGGCCGAGUGGUUCCAGCGCUGGACGAGCGUGCUCAACGUGCGCAAGGACCUCGACGAGGUGGCCUACGGCGACGAUGCGGCCGUCAACCGGGCCAAGUUCCGGCGCACGGCCAUGAAGCUGUGGCGCGACAGCCUCAAGACGUACGUGUCGUCGCUGGCGCUCAAGUGGACGCUCAAAAAGGCGGCGCAGCUCGAGCACCAGGAGCUGGUGCGCUCGCACAGCCGGCGGAGCGCGACGGCGGGCACCGAGGAGCGCGAGUCGGUCUCGGGGCGGUCGUCGAUCAUGCAGAACGGCUGCGUCAACCUGAUGACGAUGAACGCCUUUUGGCCGUGCGUCGAGGGCGCGCGCGGCGUCCUCGAGGCGCUCAUCAGUUUCGAGCCCGAACGGCUGCAGACGGCGCCGGACGCCACGGUGCUGCAGAGCACGCACGCGGCGGUGCUGCUGUGCAGCCUGGCGACGCUGCGGUCGCACCCGCCGCUCGGGCAGGGCUACCUGCGCACGACGAUCGAGCUCGUCGACCAGACCAGCGCGGCGUUCCGCAGGGCGAGCAUCUCGUCGGACGACACCACGUUCAUGAUCGCCCAGUACCUCGAGAGCCUGCUGCGGCCCAAGGACGCGCGGGGCGAUGCUGCAACGGCAAGACCGGGAGCCAGGGCCGACGAGGCGGCGAUCGGUGCGCCUCCGCUUGUGGCGGGCCAGCCCGUGUUUGGCGUUGGUAGCUCGUUUUACGGCGCUGGCGGCAGCGGCGGAGGCAGCGGCUUGGAUGGUCCGUCAUCGUCGUCUGCCGCGGCGGCGGCAGGUCUACGGAGCAACGGGUGGGACGCGCCGACCUCGAUGGAUCAGCAGCAUGCGGCUGCCGCGGCCGCUUCCGGCUACGCUGCACACCACGCUGGCCAGCAUGCACCGUUCUUCUCCCACCAGCACAGCAGCAGCGGCAACAACACUGUCGGCGGCGGCAUGGAUGGCGGGCUCAACACGAUUGCGGCUGCGGCCGAGGCGGUGGCUGCGGCUGCCAGCAACGGAGUCGGCGGGCCGAGCGCGCAGAUGGACAUUGGCAACCUCACCUGGCCGAGCACGGCGGCGGCGUCGUCUUCUGCGCCCGCGACGUCGGCGGCCGGUGCGGGCGGGGCGUGGAGCUAUGCGGACUCGUACAACUGGAACUCGAUCCUUUUCAAUCAACCGCCUCCUCCGCCACCGCCGCCGUUGCAGAGUACGACGGGCGGCCAGCACCACCAGCAGCCGACCGACGAGACGCUGCAGAUGCUGCUCCGCUUCUUGGAUGGGUAG